CUCUUUUCGAAUUUGUAUUCUGUCCAGUCCUUUGUGUCUUAAGCAGUCAAUCCAUACAGCUACUGGUUCUUUCAUCUUGCGGUUGAGCAAUGGUGCUGCAGGUACUAAGGACUGCAUCCCGAGCGCGCGUGCUAAGUCCAUUAACGUGGAGUAGCGGAGGUGCAAGAUGCAUUUCGACUGAACGAAGGAAUCGACUGUCCAAGUUUUGGACACCAACAGCCGGCCAAAACCAACAAGAGGGAGAACAAGAUGAAUCACAUGCACUUCUCGUUCGAGGGGGCUAUCUUCGACAGGCUCACUCUGGUGUUUUCCAUCUUCUGCCGUUGGGGCUGAGAGUGCAGAAUAAGCUAGAGGCCCUCAUCGACAAGCACAUGGAAUCUAUAGGCGCAUCUAAGACAUCACUGUCCUCGAUCACCACAGAAGAGCUUUGGAAACAGUCUGGGCGCUACUCAGCCAACUCAGAGCUUUUACGUUUGAAGGACCGCAAAGACUCCGGCUUCUUACUAUCACCCACUCACGAAGAAGAAAUUACUUCGUUGGUAGCCUCGAUGGUCCAUUCCUACAAAGAUCUUCCCCUCAGACUGUACCAAACUGGCCGCAAGUACCGCGAUGAAAAGCGACCAAGACAAGGUCUUCUGCGCGCUAAAGAGUUCAUGAUGAAGGACCUGUACACAUUCGACUCCACCGUCGAAGCUGGACUGGAGACAUACAAGUCCGUCCGCCAGGCCUAUAAGAACCUCUUCGAGCAGCUCAAACUACCCUAUCUAGUCGCAGAUGCCGACUCGGGCAACAUGGGCGGCAAGCUAAGCCACGAGUACCACUUCGUCUCCCCAAAGGGCGAGGAUAACGUGUGGUCCUGCAACACCUGCCCAUACGUCGCCAAUGAAGAACUAGUCGAAAAGAACAGCGGUCCCUACGAAGUCGGCAAGCUAGUCUCUCACCCCGAACUCAACCCCCUUGUCUUUACCGGCAUAAGCGUCAACCGUGAAAGCAAGAUCCAAAUCCGCCUUCCCCGCCCCUCCAACGUCGCGCCCGACUACCAACCCCCAUGGUCCGAAAUCUCCAAAUACCUCAACUUCCACGCCCUCAAAAACAUGGUCCAGAUGCUCCCCGAUCCGAAUCUCGACCUCGACACAGGCAUCGAAACCUCUGCGUUGGAGAAACUCCUCACGGAAACAAAAUACACAAACAUCAUCCUCGACCGCAGCGUGCCUACACCCAUGGAUUGCGAGCACCCCAGCAUGCCCGGAUCCCUGGACCUGACAGCCGUGAAAGAGGGCGAUAGUUGUCCGCGCUGUGAGACGGGGGAAUUGCGCGUCCAGAAAGCCAUCGAAGUAGGCCACACAUUCCACCUCGGGACGCGGUACUCGGAGCCACUCAACGCCUUCGUAUCUGUGCCAUCGGAGAGCAAGGACACAAAGUGGGUGCCCAUGCAGAUGGGCUGCCAUGGUAUCGGCGUCAGUCGCUUGAUCGCCGCCAUUGCAUCGGUCCUCUCCACUCCAUCAGGCUUGAAUUGGCCGCGCGUUGUUGCGCCGUUUGAAGUCGCCAUCCUUCCCGGCCCACAAGCUGAGGCUGCCGAGGCUGUUGAGGUGUAUGAUGCGAUUACGGAGAAGGGUAGCGAGGUUGAUGCGGUGCUGGACGAUCGGCCGAUCAAGAGUCUGGGGUGGAAGUUGAAGGAUGCGGAUUUGAUUGGGUAUCCGGUGGUCGUCGUGCUGGGGCGCGGGUGGAAGGAGAGGAGGGAGGUGGAGGUGCAGUGUCGGAGGCUGGGGGUGAAGACGGACGUUAAGCUUGAUGAGCUGAAAGGGGAGGUUGAGGGGUUAUUGGAGCAAUUGUGA